UCUACAGUCUCUACGUAAUAUAUCUGACAUGUUUCUUCUCUAUACCUACAGGUUGCUGAACCACCUCCAGCCAGGCUCCGUCAAGAGAGUCAACACCAUGAAAGCGCCCUUCAAGCAGAGAGAGAACGUGGAGAUGUUCCUCAAGGGGUGUGUGGCUUAUGGUAUCAAGAGCCAAGAUCUCUUUCAAGUGAAUGACCUUUAUGAGAACAGGAACUUAUACAUGGUUGUGGACUGUCUGUAUGGCCUGGGAGGACUUGCUCAAAAACGAAGCUUUGACGGUCCAGUUAUUGGUGUUAAAGUUGCCAUGGAGAACAAGAGGAACUUUUCCCAGGAGAAGCUAAAGGAAUCGAAUAAGAUCAUUGGUCUACAGUAUGGAAGUAACAAAGGAGCAUCACAGGCGGGCAUGACAGCAUAUGGUACUGGACGACAAAUUAUCCCUGGAGAGGCCCAAAAGCAGGUGACUACAGAUGGUCAAAAAAUCAUUGGACUGCAAUCUGGGAGCAACAAGGGAGCAUCUCAAUCUGGUAUGACGCCCUACGGAGCUCCCCGCCAAAUCAUCCCUGAUGAUCACGAGCGGUAGAGUGGGGUCAAGUCCCUGUCUAGCAGACCCACCAUGCAUCCCCUAGAACACUGGUGUCUUUAAAAAAAAAAUUAUCUUCUUUUUCUUCUUCUUUUUCUUGACACUGCUAUUUAUCUGUUGAGAUCAUGGAUGCGCUUCUAUUAAAACACUGAAGACUCAUUUUCAAGCUCAUUGUCUUCCUUACCUUAGCUAGCAUCAUUCUGAAUUUGCUUACAUCACUGUUACACUUGGCAUCCAAACAUAUGUUGUCAUGAUUUUAUUUAAAGUUAUCUCAACAGUCAGAACUAAGAAAUAUUUUAACUGACAAAUUCAGAAAUGAUUGUAAAAUAUUUUAGAAAUGCAUAUAUUUUGCUGAGCUCUAUUUUUAUAUGAAGCAAAUUACUUUCAGAGUUUUUUGUCACCACAAAUAAACUGAUUCUGGACAACAUUUAUGUAAAUGUUUACUUUAGUCUCAAGAAAGUUUUAGUGUCUUGGAGAAUUGAAGUACUGUACUGUAAAUCAUAUCCUAGAUGAUUUAUUUUCAUCUGUUAGUGAAUGAAAUAAAAAAACUUGUAUGUUAAAGAGACAAGAUAUUUAACAUAAAAACUAAGUCACAAAUAAAAGAUUCCCUGAGAAAUAAUUUAUUGUAUUCAUCACUGAACAAAAUCUUCUGAUAAAUGUAUUAAUUAUGUCAUUUACAGUAAAACUUCACUUUUCUCUUCCUGUUAUUAUCAUUAAUAAUUAUUGUAAUUAUAAUUUCCUAUUAAGAAUACUGUAAUUGUACUGUAUAUUACAUAUGUACAUUUUUUUUGCCUGGCCAAUCUAACUCAAUGUCACGGAUCAUCAAUUUUUCUGCUAAAGUCGAAGAUUUUUUCAACGUCUUGUACUGUAUUUCUUUUGCUUGGAUUUCUCGCCACAGACUAUUGACAAUGCUGAAUUAAAACCUGAUUAAUUUUUAGAAUACUACCUGUACCACAGAUUAGAAUGUGUGCUUAUCACAUGUUUGGUGUGUGGUAAUGUAUGAUACCUCCUUUACCUUUUGCUUUGACAUUCUUUGCAUCAUUUUAUUUUAUAUCAAUAUUUUUUCUUCAUUUUAGAUCUGCUCUAAUACAAGGAAAAGCUCAAAAUAACAUUACCCUGAAGACUGAGGCAAUGGAGUAUGUGCUGCAAAGAAAUAGAUUGUGUUUUUUGUUUUGACAUUUUCAAUGCUAUCGUGUAUUUAAGUUCAAGUCCGUGCAUUGUUUAAAAUCCCAAUGAAUUAUUAUAGUGUUCAUACAGUUCAGCAAGAAGUGAUGAGUUGCAUUUACUGUAUAAAGUCGUGUUAAGAGAGCCAACUAUUUAAUCAUCCAAAACAGGUUGUCCUGGUCAUCAUCCAUAAUACUGUGCUGCUCUUGUCAUCUUUCUUAAUCCAUAAACUUACACAAUGUUGGUGAUUUUGUUGGAAUUUUUAACAAUGUAAGAAUAAUUUUUUAUGCUGUUAGAGUCCAUUCAUAAAGAAAUGUGUACUUUUUUUUUUUAUCCAUCCUUAAUCCUACAUACUGUACUCUUCCAUUUUAAGUUGCAUUUCUCACUUCCAUUUUAAGUUGCAUUUUUCAUCUUGCCUUGCAUUUGUGAUUCCCUGAAUUUUUUUUUUUUAAUUGCAGCCAAAAUAUCAAAUGCAUACUGACUGUAGAUAAACCCAUACUGAGUAUAUUUUCGAUAUUACUGUAUAUGCAAUUGUCUUCUUAUCAUCAGCAUUAUGCUCUUCCUUUUGGUUAGAAGGGAUUCAUCACAUUUUAAUGAACAUAAUAUUAAUUGAUAGUGAUAAGUAAGUUUGAAGAGUCCUCUAUUGUAAGUUUUUUUUUAUGUCCUAAAAUUUUACUAAUUAAUGUUAAGUGUUUUUACUGUGGUUCUCAAUAAACAUUUGGCUGGU